AUGCCCCCUGAGGCCUUGCAGCAACUUCAAACCCUCCCUGAAGGUUUCUACAUGCGGAGAUGGCAGGAACCUGGAAGAGCUGAAGCUGAUUUCGGUCGGUUUGAUGCUAAAACMGUGGUGAGAAAGAUCUACAUUUUGUUUUCCAGAAGUGAAGUGCCUAUAGCCAAUGAAAACCAGGAAGUAUUGGAUUUAGUGGAACCGUCGGCUCCUCUACCCUCUUGGUUCACGGAGGAGGAUCUUGWGACCUAUGGUGCUUCGUACACCAAGUCUGGAUUUCUAACCGCACUCCAAGUUCCUUACAGGUCAUUAUUGGAGAGAGUUGAACCUCCAAACCAAGACCCAAAUGCCCCGAUAGUUGUAGCUCCGGCAUUGUUUAUCACGGGCGAAAAAGAUUUCUUUUUCAGCUUCCCCGGGAUGGAGGAAUACUUGGACAAUGGGAUCAAGGAGUUCGURCCGAACCUAGAAAUCAUAUACAUUCCUGAAGGUUCUCAUUUUGUUCAUGAACAAUUCCCUGACAAAGUAAAUCAACUCCUACUCAAUUUUCUCAGUCGCAACAAAUACUAGUGCCUUCAAGCUUCCCUAGGUGAUCCAAAAGCCUUGUGUUUGAUUUUUACAUUUGUGUACUUCAAGUAACCGAAACGUGUCCAUAGACAUAUGACAGAUAAUUUAAACCAUUGUUUAAUUCUUUCCGAUGAGUUAGCUUUCUUAAGACCUCAUCAUGU